GCCUGUUUACUACUUUGAAACAUUUGACAUCUGAGCCUAGUAAGUUGUGCAAUACCACAGCCAACGGAAACACUGCCCCCAUUUCACCCGUGAAUGUUGUGGAGAUAAAAAGACAAUGUGUGCAUCUUAGUGCAAUAUUGAAAAGGGAAUUCCAAAAAGGACCAGCUGAUGGAUGAUUGAAGAGACGACAGAGAUGUGGUUUUGAGUUGAUGGAAACCUCAGAGAAGAUGUUUAACUGGGACGAGGAGUGGAACAUCUCUUUUGCAGGCUGUGGGUUCAGGAGUAUUUACUACCUGGGAGCGUUGAGCUGCAUCCUGGAGCGAGUCCCACAGCUGGUUCACGGAGCCUCCAAGAUCUGUGGAGCUUCAUCUGGGUGUCUCGUGGCUGCAGCUCUGGCCGUUGGGUUUCCCAUCGAUCAGUUCUGUGCUGAUGUGUUGAAUGUGGCGAAAGACGCCAGAAAACACACUCUGGGAGUUUUCCACCCGACCUUCAGUCUGCUCCAGACGGUUCGGGACUCCCUGCUGGUGAAGCUGCCAGCUGACGCCCACCUCCGGGCCUCUGGGAGGCUCUGUGUGUCCCUCACCAGACUGGCUGAUGGGAGGAACGUCCUGGUGUCAGAGUUCGACAGCAGGGAGGAGCUCAUUCAGGCUCUGAUGUGCAGCUGCUUUUUCCCUGUUUACUGUGGUUUCAUCCCACCUUCAUACCGUGGAGUGCACUACAUGGAUGGAGCCCUGAGCAACAACAUGCCUCUGAUGGAGCAGAGAAACACCAUCGCCAUGGCCCCAUUCUCCGGCGAGAGCGACAUCUGCCCCAGAGAGGGUACCUUCAACUUCACUGAGGUGAACUACGGCAAUGUGAGCAUCCAGGUCAACACCGGCAACGUGCAUCGGAUCUGUACGUCCUUCCUCCCUCCCACACCUGAGAAGCUGGCUGAGAUCUGUCACAACGGCUACGUGGAUGCUCUUCAUUUCCUGAGAGAAAGAGAUCUGCUUGGAACACAGUGUCUUCCCCCCAGUUUGAUGGCAGAGACGGACGCAGUCCAACCUGUUUGUUGUGAGCUGGUGAAGGAAGCAGCAGAGUCCAAGAAGACUCUGUUGAAUGGAUCAAACCCUCAUCAGGAAGAUCACUGGUGGCUGGGCCUGAAGGUCACAGAGAACCUCCCAGCUGGCUUCAAGAAAGUGCUGUGUGAGGCGUGCAGGGAGAGUCAUGGUGACGACACUCGGUGGUCCGAGCUCACUAAGUUCCCUCCAGUGAGAGUGAUCAUGUAUCUGCUGACCCUCCUACUGCUGCCCAUUGAGCUGAGCUUCCUACUCACCAAAAGCAUGAUUUUAUCACUGUCGACAUCGACUGCAGAUCUCUGCAGGCAGACAUGGAACAGCGGAGGCGACGACCCCGACAGAGCAUUUCAAAAGCAGUCCUGCAGCAGCAGCAGCAGGUCCUCUAACUCAGACCUCAGUAACCAGACAGGAGGAGACAAAAACAUUCAAACUUUGACCUCAACAAUCACCCCAAACUCCAACAAAACUCUUCACUGGGACAACAACGGUAACCUCGACCACUUCUCCCUCACCUCUACAUCUACCUGCUCAUCCAACUUCCCCUCCCCCGACACACCUGCAUAUGGUAAGGUGACUUUAAACCGCAGAAGUAAACGGACACUUCAUCGACCAUAAACCAGGCAGAAAAAAAGACUGUUUAAAAUUUUCAAAUGUAAAACCUUUUAUGGAUGGAAUAUAAUAUUUAUCGCUUAUGUUGGAUCAAUCAGAAAUAGAGUAGCUACAUUGAUAUUUAUUUACGAAAUCAUUCCAGAGACUGAAUUUGUUCAAGCGCUGACAAGAAAUCUAAAGCUAAGUUGGUCUCCAGAGUUAUCUGCUUAAUGCAGCCACUUCAUUGCCAAUAUUUGUUUUUCAUUUAACUGUAUGAAACUACAUUUAAGGCUUUUUUCUAGGUUCAGUUCACAAAAUAUCACUGCUAUAGUAUUACAAAUUCACAAUUUUGUUGUUACAGAAACAUUUUCAUUAGAUGAUGUGAGUUUAGUACGAUAACAAACAAGAAUUGCAAGAUUUUUUUAUUCAUAUGAAGAUUUUUUAACUUUAUUUAUCUAGUAUGUGACUUGCAAGUGCAGAAUAUGGUUUUGUCUGUGGUAUAGCAGGAUAUGGUUUUGUCUGUAGUAUGGCAGAGCAGUAACAAGCUCCUACGUAAUGCUGCUGGAGAGUUCUUGAGGCACUGAAAUCUUCACCUGCAGCUGGUUUUAACCUCUGACCUCAUUGAGGAGGAUCAGAAACAGAAAGAUUCACUCCAGCCCCAUGACCGGAGAGCAGGUAUAUCAUAACUGACUUUACCUGAAAGGUUUGGCUGAAACUAAAGGCCUAGUGUGUUGGAUGCUUUUGUUUUUAUAGAAAUAAAACCCAUUUAGUUAAUUUUUGCGUAUCAGCUCCCACAUUCAUCAAAUACAAAAUGUGUAAUUUGUAAAAUUCUAAGCGUGUUAUUAAUGCAUACGACGGAUGCUGCAAAGUGAAAGUGUCACACACAUGGGACGAGAGAGUUGACAGAAAAGACGAUGGCUUACAGCUUGAGGAUUUGGUGUCAAAAUGAAAAGCAAAAGCGUCUAUUUGAACCCAAAGCUAUAAAGGAAAUAAUAACGUUAAUGAGGCGAUCGCCAUGCGGAGGACGGAGGAGUCACAGCUGCUGUGGUGCCAGGUGGAAACCUGCGACCCCACAGCGAAAGCUCGACCAGAGAGGCAAGAAAAUCCUGUAAAUCUUUUCAAAUGUACAUUCGAAGUGUCUAUUUAAAGAUAUGUAAAAGUCACGUAGUUUGGUCAUAAGAUAAGAUGUUGAAGUUAUAUGUCUAACACGGUCAAAUAUCUGUAUUUAUUUCUGCUGAAGCAUCUUGGGGGGCGCAAAACCAUGUUACAUGUUUCAUUAUCUAGUGCUCAACUUUUGUCAUUUCCCUCUAUGUUGUUUUAUUUACUUGUAUAUUCUCUACAAAAUAAAACACUUCAGUUAUCCUCA